UAUAUAGAGUAUCAGAUUAUAUUGUUGAUCAUUUUUGCUACACCAUAAUGAAUUCCCUCUGCUUACUAUUGUUUCACUGCAAAAUCCGCAGAUUAUGUUUGAUUGAACUUUAGUUACUAUUAUCAAUGCAAGAGAGCGUUCUGUUUUAUAUUAGUUGCUCAGCUGUUUUGAAGAAUCGACGCAGCUUAACAGUGAUUAUCCGUAACGCAGUGUAGAAUUGCUGCUUUCACGUCCAAACGCAAACAGAUGUGGAGUGGCUGUCCAAAUUUUUGACGUAUCUCGUUCAGAAUUUUUCGAACAGUGAAGACACUUUUUUUCGUAGAAUUUUUAUAAUAUCAACAAACGUGUGAUCAUAAGUGAUCGUGUCAGAGGUUAAAGACAUCUAAAGAAAAAAAUAAAGAAAUCGCCAUGAGCGAAUUAAGCCAAGAGGAAGUAAGAAGAAGACGUAUGGCUCGUUUAGCAGGCUUGGACAGCUUUAAUUCAACAGUCAAUAUAAGUCAUAAUAAUGAUUCUGUUUCUCCAAACACACCUGGUCCAUCUAAAACAUUUACAGAUCAAAUAAUAUCACCAUUAAAACAGCAGCAAUUUCAGAAUCCUGAACUACCAAUGGAAAUAGAAGAAAAUACUAAUAAACAAUGUAGCAGUUCUGGUGUUGACAUAGAUUCAGGAAUUGAAAAUAUGGAAGUUGAGGAAUCUGAAAGAAAAGAAGUAAAGCCAAGAUCACGUACUACAAGUUCCAGUACAGAAAUAACUACAGAACAAAUACAUGCAAUUAUAUCACGUGUAUUAUGCAUAUCAUGGAAAGAACCUACAGAGGGUUGUAUAUUCUUACCACAAAUGGCAAUAUAUGCAUUAUCAACAAAACUUGUUGAUGCCACAGAAAUUAUUAACCAAGCAUUAAUGGAAGUCUUAUGCAUGUUUAUGAGAGACGAAGAUCCUUUAAAAGAAAUUAAUAUAGAUACUUCUUCAGACAGAGAAGAUAGUCCAAAUAGUCAAGCAAGUCCAUUACAAAGCCCAGUUACAACAUUUUGUCGUUGUGAUAUUUGUUGUAAAUCAUCACAACCUAAAAGUCUCAUUUAUUUAUUAGACUGUUAUUCAAGAGUUGCAAUUGAAGAACGAAAUCAUCCAAAGAAAUCAAGUACACCACCAUUAUCUGAUAUUCUGGCUAUUUUAAGAACACAAUGUGUUCAAUAUUCCAGUCUUGUGUUACAAGGCCUAGUUGGUAUUUCUCAGUCUUCAACUACAUAUCCGUUUUCCAUGACGCCACUUCUAUAUCCUGUACUCUCGCAAAGUUUACCUCGUGGCUAUUUACAUGAACUUGUAACAAGAACACAUACAAAUUCAGCAAUAUUUAACAAAAUUUUUACACCGCUCUUGCAAGGCUUAUAUCUUUCAAUGCAACAAGCUAGUUUGAUUAGAAAUACACAUCGAAGACCGAUCGAAGCAUUAGAAGAAUUAAUAGAAAUUUGCUGCGGACCGAGUAGUAACAUACGACCAAUAUGUCGUUUAAUUGUCCAUCAAAUUCAAUUUUUACCUGAUAUUAUGACAUCAGCUGCUGGUAAAGAAAUUACAACAACAUCUCUUUUGGGACCGUUUUUGUCAGUUUCUGUAUUCGCUGAGGAUCAACUGGAUGUGGCUGAAAGAUUCUUCAGUGGUAAUCUAUUCGUCGAUAAAUCAAUAAGUUUAACAUUGCAACAAGAAUUAGAAAGUAUCAGAACAUCACUCCAUAAGAUAUUUCAUGCAAUACUUGCAAGUAGUAACUGCCGUGAAGCUAUGUUAACAUAUUUAGCAACAUUAUUACGUUACAAUGAAAAACGUGCUCAAAUACAAACGGAAGAAUUUUCUCUUGCGGGAGAUGGAUUUAUGUUAAAUCUCUUGUCGGUAUUACAAAAACUUUCUGUGAAAAUCAAAUUGGACACAGUAGAUCUAUUAUAUCCAUUUCAUCCAGCAAGUUUCAUUGUAAAAAACGAUACAAGGCUGAAACUUACGUGCCAAGAAGUUGCUGAUUGGUUGAAAUAUUUAGAGAGGACACACAAGUGGGUCGAGCCAAAGUUUCCAACACAAUGUUGGUUCCUUACUCUACAUUGUCACCAUAUAGCGUUGUUACCGGCUUUACAGAAAUACCAGAGAAAGCUGAGGACUUUACGUGAUGUGCAAAAAAUGCUCGAUGAUCUACAAGCUACUGAACCACAAUGGAAAGAUAGUCCUUUCGCUAGCCGUAAUAAAGAAUUGAUAGAACGAUGCAAGGAGCAAUUGAAACAUCUCGGCAAAUCGAAAUUAUAUACAGAUGCUGGAUUAAUCGAUCCUGUUUUAUUGAGAAGGUGCUUACACUUUUAUAUUUCUGUAGCAGAAAUUCUGCUAAGUUUAUUGACACAGACUUCGCCAGGAAAUCCUAUUCCUGAACUGCCUUUGCCACAGGAGGUUCCACAAAAAUUUACAGCAUUACCAGAAUGGUAUGUCGAAGAUAUUGCAGAAUUUGUAUUAUUUACCCUUCAAUUUUGUCCUAGUGUGAUAGUAAAUAAUAUGGAUAAUUCUCUCAUUACAUGGUUACUUGUAGUAGUGUGUACUCCACAUUGUAUACGAAAUCCAUAUUUAAUAGCAAAAAUUAUUGAAGUAUUAUUUGUAAUAAAUCCUAAUGUUCAGGGACGAACUGAAUCUCUUCAUGAUCAAGUAAUGGCACAUCCUAUAUCAAGAACAUUAUUAGCUUCAUAUUUGAUGAAAUUCUACACAGAUGUUGAAACAACUGGUUCUAGUUCAGAAUUUUAUGACAAAUUUUCCAUUCGUUAUCAUAUUAGUUUAAUACUGAAAUCUAUGUGGGAUAGCCCGGUACAUAGAAAAUCGAUCAUCGAUGAAAGCAAUAAUGGAAAUCAAUUUGUAAAAUUUAUUAAUAUGUUAAUGAAUGAUACCACAUUUUUACUUGAUGAGAGUUUAGAAUCGUUAAAACGUAUUCACGAAAUCCAAGAAUUGAUGUCCGAUCUUAAAGCAUGGUCUGCAUUAUCCCGUGAACAACAACAUUCACGAAUGAAACAAUUAGCAGCAGAUGAGAGACAAGCUAGGUCAUAUCUCACUUUGGCCAAGGAAACCGUUGCCAUGUUUCAAUAUCUAACAGAUGAUAUCACAGAACCAUUUUUACGGCCAGAAUUAGUCGGAAGAUUAUGUGCCAUGUUAAAUUUUAAUCUACAACAAUUAUGUGGUCCUAAAUGUAAAAAUCUAAAAGUACGAAUACCACAAAAAUAUGGUUGGGAACCAAGAGCUUUACUUAGUCAAUUAGUUGACAUAUAUUUACAUCUUGAUUGUGAGAUCUUUGCUGCUGCUUUAGCUGCUGAUGAACGUUCAUUUUGUAUGGAAUUAUUUAUCGAUGCUGCAAAUAAAUUAGAAAGAUCAGUAAUCAAGUCUAUUAUAGAGAUUGAAAGAUUUGUAGCUCUUGCUGAACGUGCUGCAGAUAUAGCAAGAGAUAAUCGUGCACGUGAUGCAGAUUACGGUGAUGCACCAGAAGAAUUUCGAGAUCCACUUAUGGAUACACUUAUGGAAGAACCUGUUAAACUUCCAUCUGGCAUUGUUAUGGAUAAAGCAGUUAUUAUUAGACAUCUUCUCAAUAGUGCUACAGAUCCUUUUAGUAGGCAACCUCUUAGUGAAGAUAUGCUUACACCAAUGCCUGAUUUGGAGAAAAGAAUAUCAAUGUGGAAACAGCAAAAGAAAAAAUCGACAAAAAUAUAAAUUAUGAUUUUAUUACAAUAAUCAUUUUUCAGAAACAUCACGAUAUUAUGUAGUUAAUGUUACUACAUGAUAUAUUGUAUCAGUCCAUAGAUAUAUUAUUCUAUGGCAAAUGAAUACAGUGCAAUGAUCUCGCUAAUGUGCAAAUAUUGCACUUAAUAAAUUUACAGUUUUAAUACAUUACUGUCUAAUACUUAAAACAGACAGUUAAACAGACUGCAGCUAUGUAACCAGCUGCAUAUUACUUUUAAAGAAAAAAAAAAAAAUACUUUUAAAAAACUUGUAAAUAAUUGCUGGUUUAUAACAUCAAUACCCAAAAAAUCUUAUUUACAAACUUAGCACUUGUUCCUUUGUACGUUCUAAAUAUAUGAGACUGCAAAUAAAAAAUUAAAAACAUAUGAUCAAUUAUAAGAAUAAUAAAUUAAACAGCAUAGAGACAAAAAAGUUAAUAUCAAUCUAAACUUUUUUAUUAAAAUUUGUUAAUUUAUAAAUGAAAAUAAAAAAGAAAACAUUAUUUGAUGCAAAAUUUAUGUAAAUGAUUUAUAUGUAAAUGAUAAAAUAUUUAAAAAAAAAUUAUAUUAAAGUCUCUUUUUAAACAUGCGAAAUGUUGCACAAUAGAAAAAAAUAAUUUGCAGCGAUUAAUUUUUAAAGAUGUACAUGGUAAAUGUAUCAUGCCUAUUCCUUCAAUAAAUUUCAUGAGUAAAGA